AGAUAGCGGAAGAUAAUCAUGCCCGAGUUCUCUUAUCUUCUUCUUGACAUCGAAGGUACCAUAACAAGUAUUUCGUUUGUGAAGGAUGUACUAUUCCCUUGUGCUCAUGAAGGUGUGGAAAGAUUUCUGCGAGAGCAUUUUGAUGACGCUACUUUGACAAAAAUAAUAGACGAUAUCAGAGAAGUUUCCCAGAAAGAGUCAAGGUUGGAUACUGGUAUAAGAAUAGUGAGAGACAAUAAAGAGGAAUGUGUCGAAGAUGUCAGUCAUAAUGUGAGACACUGGAUUGAUAUCGAUAAGAAGGUCACGCCUAUGAAAGCCUUGCAAGGUUUGAUCUGGGAAGAAGCCUACAAAAGAGGAGACGUCAAAGGACACGUUUACCCGGAUGUUCUACCUUCGCUGAAGGCGCUGUCGGUACCCGUUUACAUCUACUCCUCUGGGUCUGUGCUAGCCCAGAAGUUGUUGUUUGAACAUUCUGUGGUUGGAGACAUGACGAAGGUUCUCUCCGGUUACUUUGACACCAAUGUUGGGCUCAAGGGAGAAUCACAGUCUUACGAGAAGAUUUGUGAGCAAAUAGGGGCAAUGCCUUCUAAAGUUCUGUUUCUUACCGACGUUGAAGCAGAAGCAAGAGCUGCUAAAAGUGCUGGGCUGCAAGCGAUGCUUGUGGUUCGAGAGGGAAACGCUCCACUGUCAGAAAAUGCAAAACAGGACUUCAAGAUAAUCUAUUCGCUGGAGGAUCUAAUGUCCAAAUGAUUUCGUCCUCAUCAGAUUGUGCUCCUCUAACUGCUCUCGUAGCUUGUCCCCCAUAAGAAGUUAGACUCUUCUAUUAAUCUGAUCUACCAUCAUCCGUCUCACUUGCUUCUCGUUGUAUUCAUCCCGCUAAUUACGAGUUUUGGUAUACCUCUGCUCCAAUGAUAUAAAUGCUUUACAUAAACAACAAACAAGCACAACUCUCGAUGUAAAUUUUGAUAGUUUCAUUGCAUAGCAACAAAUUACUCUGUUUGUUCAUGGCAAAUAUCGGCAAAUUCAGGUGCUCUUAGAGCAGAUUUAAUCAUUUUCUUCAGAAGAGGAUAUCG